AUGAGAGCUAUUGUGUUGUUGUGUCUGCUGCAUGGAGCUUUUGGUCAGAAUCCGUUUAACUGGAACGAUCCUGGCUCCACAAACCCAAGAGACCAACCCUAUGUGUGUCUUGCGGAUCAGGCCACAUGUGGCUGCUGCCUGAUGCAGAAGCAGAUUCAAAGGAUGGAGUCGUUCUUCAACAUGGGCGUUGAGGAAUUGAACAAGAAUCUGACAAACUCAAAGACGGCCCUCAAUAAUAUUCGAGCCAGCCGCAGCGCCUUCUCCGUCGCCCUCAACAAUAAUGUAGUCUUAACCUGUUUCGGCCCCUUCGCCACCAACAAGAUCAUCAUCUACCAGCACGUCUUCCUCAACCUGGGCGGCGGCUACGACGUGCAGACCGGCGUCUUCACCGCUCCACGCUCGGGCGUCUACAGCAUCGCCGUCACCAUCUACUCGAACGGUAACCUCGCCAACCACCUGGACCUCAGCGCCAAUCUGGAGGUCAACGGCAAGGUCGUUGGUUCGCUCAGGGAGAAGAAGAGUCCUGACCUCGAGGACAGCGCCACCAUGGUCAUGGCGGUAAAGCUGAAGGCCGGGGACGAGCUGGCGGUCGUCCUGUCCAAAGGAUGUCUCAUCUGCGAUAACAGGAGCCACUAUAACACUUUCACAGGCUUCCUGCUGUAUCCAUGCUAA